CUUGCACCAGCAAAAAGUUGCACCGGUUGAUCACAAUGCAAGGCCUCGCGGCAUCUUCAAGGGUCGUCGUGCUCGCCGUGCUUCUUCUUCUUCUUCUUCUCCUCCUCGGGUUGGCAGCGGGGGCCGCCGACGGCCGGAGGAGACUCGUCUCCGGCAGCCCUGACGAGCCGUGCAGGAAGAUGACGCUCUACUACCACGACAUCCUCCACGACGGCGCCAACAACACGGCCAACGCCACGUCGGCGGCGGCGACGAGCCCGCCGGCACUGAGCAACGCCACCUACUUCGGCAUGCUGGUGGUGUUCGACGACCCGGUGACGGAGGGCCAGGCGCUGCCCGUGGAGGACGAGCCGGCGGCGGCGCGCGCGCAGGGGUUCUACUUCUACGACGGGAAGGGGUCCUUCAACGCGUGGUUCGCCUUCUCGCUCGUGUUCAACUCGACGGCGCGCAGGGGCACCCUCAACCUCAUGGGCGCCGACCUCAUGGGCGAGGAGACGCGGGACAUCUCCGUCGUCGGCGGCACCGGCGACUUCUUCAUGGCGCGCGGCGUCGCCACGCUCCGCACCGACGCCGUCGAGGGAUUGUUCUACUUCCGCCUCCAGAUGGACAUCAAGCUCUACGAGUGCUACGUCUGAGACUCUCGUCUCGUCUGGCAUACGCGUCUGCUGAUUAGCGCGCGCUGGUGCAUGUACGUACUCUGAAGCUUCUGCUGAUUGCUUCGAUGUUUGUUGGUGUGACGUGCGUUGCAUGCAUGUGGAUUGUGUGGGUCAGUUGCCGGGUACGUCAAUAUAUAGGAGUGUAAAAUGUGCAGCGUGUUGAGUCUGUUUAUAAAGACUCUAU